AAGAAAAAUUACCAGUAUUCAGAAAAGGAUCAAAAUUCAUCCAGCAUAAUUAAGUUUUUAAAUACCACUGUGUCCAAGUUCUCUAAGAAAGGUUCUUCUCAGAUAGCGAAUCACUUAGAACUGUAUGAAUCCACUAUGGAUUCUUUAAAAUUAUACUCUGAUGCUGACAGAAUCAGAUUCCUUCCAUGGGCAUUUGAUGAUAAAUAUCGUCAUUACUUUACCUCUUUUAGGGAGAGAGGAAUUCAAGAUUGGCCAAGUGUUUUGCAUGAAGUUAAACUGGAAUUCGGACCUUACCGAACCAUUACUGCUGCAAAACGGGACAUAUAUAAGCUUACAUGUAGGCCCAAUCAGAGUCCCCGUGAAUUCCUCUCUAUCCUUAAAAAUGCCUAUGGGUUAGCAUAUAGAUCCCCAAACUGGGAAUCUGAAGAGUUUAAGCAGCUGUUCUAUGAUGCUAUGCCAACCCAGAUCAAACUUAGCCUAGCCAGAGAUCUGGAUAUUGAAGCUCCCUUGGAUAAGUUGGUGACGGCUGCCACCACGCUGUAUAAUAUCAGUGAGUGCCAUGAAACAGGUGAGAGAAGAUUUAAAAAAUCCCCAGAGCAAAAUAUAGCUGAAGCUAAGGUAAACCCUAGCUUGGGAUUUGAAACACAGCCACGUAAGUAUUCUCAGUCUACAGGUCCUGUCCAACAAACCCAGCAACAACAGGUAAGACCCAAGCAAACCAAGCCCCAAAAUCCCAACGGGUCAGAGGGGGAUAAUUCUGGUGCUGGGAGGUCUAACUACCGUCCAUAUUACAAUAAUGGUCCCCAAUAUAGGUCCUAUUACAAUAGGGAUUCCCAGGGUUACAGACGCUGGAAUAACAGGCCCAGACAACAGAGGGAAGAUAGGCAGGAACCCUUAAACUCACCUAGGAGUAGGUCACCCACCAAUAAUCAGGGCGCCUCACAAAACCAAAAUAUGCGCAAACCAAACAGGAAAUAA